CGCUUCGUCACCUGGCCUCGGAUCCCUAUACAUCUUGCGCCACUUUCAAUACCCUACGAGUCAACUUUUUAUUCCUCUGAGCCUGGAUCAGAAGAGAUAGCUGGUAGCUUCUCUGCACACCAAGGCCAUCUGUAGAGCAAAGAUUGUUGCCUGCGAUCGUGCUCGCACCCGAAUGCUGGUCCGAAUCCGUAGCAAGGAUGGCCUUUUCCGGCUCACGCUGGAGGCCAGCGAUGACAUGUCGAUCCUGAUCGACAAGCUGCUGGAAGUGGUGCCAACGGCUGAGCCUACCACGAUAACAUUUUCGAACGAUCCACGAGGCAGCGAGAUGGCGGCCGAUAGCUUGAGGGGCAACUCACUCUCUGACCUCGGCAUUUCGCAUGGUCACCUCUUGUAUGCUACUUACAAGGACAGGGAGGAGGCACCAGAAGCGCCUGUGGUUUCCAACGGCCACACAGCAAACGCUGUGGCCUCUUCCUCGACAGCGGCGUCGACCUCAGCGACACCCCUGGCCACAAGCAAGCCGUGGCAGAAUGUGGUUGAGGCUCCUGUAGAUCAGUAUUGGGAAGCUCGCGGGGGCAUGAUCCCUAGGGAGAGGGAUUCUAAAUUCUGUAGGCAUGGACCGAAAGCUAUGUGUGAUUACUGUAUGCCUUUGGAGCCUUAUGAUGCAAAAUACCAAGCCGAGCAUUCGAUCAAGCACAUAUCCUUCCAUGCCUAUCUCAAGAAGCUCGAUGUUGCCACAAAUGCUUCAAAACCUGCGCAGACGUACAUCCCGCCCCUCGAAGAGCCCAACUACACCGUCCGUGUACCUUGCCCCUCUGGCCAGCAUCCCUCUUGGCCUGCUGGUAUCUGCACCAAGUGUCAACCAUCUGCUAUCACCUUGCAAUCUCAAGAAUAUCGGAUGGUGGAUCACGUGGAGUUCGCGCAUCCUCAAUUGAUCGAAAAUCUCCUAUCCUUCUGGCGGUCCACCGGGACGCAGCGAUAUGGGUUCCUGCUAGGUCAUUACGAACCGUACGAUGUGGUGCCGAUGGGUAUCAAGGCGGUUGUUGAGGCAAUUCACGAGCCUCCGCAGGAAGGAGAGGUGGAUGGUGUCACGCUAGGAGUUCCGUGGGAGGAUCAGGCCAGGGUUGAGAGUCUCGCAGCAGCCUGUGGUCUGUCCAUCGUCGGGCAGAUCUACACCGACUUGACCCCUGCAGACCCGAGCUUCAGCGAUCCAGAAAAGGCCGGCAAAGUGCUAUGCAAGCGUCACAAGGACUCCUUCUUCCUGUCCUCUCUCGAGGCUCAAUUUGCAGGACAGCUGCAAGCGGCCAAUGCGAAUCCCUGCAAAUACUCACUCAGCGGCAAGUACGGCAGCAAGUUUGUCACUUGUGUGCUUUCUGGUACUGAAGAAGGCGCAAUUGACGUCUCUGCGUAUCAGAUCAGUGAGCAAGGUGUCGGCAUGGUCAAGAGCGACAUGAUUGAGGCAAGCGUACAGCCCUCUACUGUCAGAGUCAAGCCGGCUUCAGCUACCCGCUAUGUGCCUGAAGUGUUCUAUCGCUACAAGAACGAAUACAAAAUCGAAGUGAAGGAGUCGGCAAAGCCAACCUUCCCAGUCGAGUAUUUGCUCGUUACCUUGACACAUGGAUUUCCAAAUGCCCCCAACCCUCGAUUCUUGGCUACAACGACGCCCUUCCCUAUCGAGAAUCGGCCCGGACUGCAUGAUCAGUCAGCAGAGAAGCUCUUCAGUGUGCUUGCAAACGGCACAUUGUCCUCUUCUAAGCUCCUUACUUCUCUCAGCGAUUGGCACCUGCUGUCAUUCCUGCACUCGCAAGACUUGCUGGAGAAGGAAGAUCUUGAAAGCCUGUGUCAGAUCGCUUCUGGUAGUCACAGUGAGGAAGAGCUGCAAGCUGUCGUCGCUCGACCCGCUGUGCAGAAUUUGUUGAGCUUAGCCGAGGCUCACACCGAAGGAUCAAGAGGAGGCAAGAGCGUGGGUGGUGGAGGCGGGGGCGGAUCCGUCAGUGAGCCAAUGGGCGACUAUGCGGCGGAUGACUAUAUCCCACCCGAAGCAAUGGAAGGCUAUCAGGCCCCGCAAAGCUCUGCUGCUCCACCUCCUGCUCCGGCACCAUCUCGGUCCCGCCCCCCGCCCGCUGAUCUUCCCGGCGCAGAAGAGCCAGAUGAGUUCACCUACACCGGUGAGGACGACGACGGAAUGGCUUACGAUGAUGAUGACGAUGACGAGGGCGCGGGCGGUGACGAGGGCGCUGGAUACGGGUCGGACAUGUUCGACGAUGCCUCGAGCACUCUAUCCGCUGAGAAUGGACUUCAAGCAGCUUCCAUCAGCGGCCGGCCGUCGGGCGGCGGCGGUGGUGGUGGCAGUGCGUCGAGGAGCGCUCCUCCUCCCCCUGCUCCUGCAGCCGCUGCAAGCGUCAUUGCCUGCCCCCACUGCACAUUUGAGAAUGCUCCUGGAUCUAGCGAUUGCGACGUCUGUGGGCUACCGCUCAGUGGAUAGACGAGAGCAGACAAUGUCAACUCUUUUGUGCAAUAGCAUUCUGCUUUCAG